AUGACCCGGCAGGUAUUGGAUUCCCUAGCUAUGAUUGCCUGGCAUACUCCAGUUCCUCUCCUAGAGGCUCUUCUUAGAUGGAGGGAGAGCGAAUCUCCUAAAGGUGCAAAUGAUGCAUCUACAUUCCAAAAAAAGCUAGCUGUGGAGUGUAUUUUCUGCUCAGCGUGUAUACGAUUUGUAGAGUGCUGCCCACAGGAGGGACUUACAGAGAAGCUGUGGUCUGUGUUCGAUUGGUUAAUUAAUGCUGACAGAGUUGUUAGUCAGGUUGAAAAUCCCUCAUUGGUUGAUUUGCGUGGCCUUCUCUUGGAUCUGGUUGCUCAACUCCUUGGUGCCUUAUGUCGGAUCAGGUUUAGCUCAGUAACUGAGCGCUUUUUCAUGGAGCUAAAUACACGUCGGAUUGACACUAGUAUGGCCCGAAGCGAAACACUCAGUAUUGUCAACGGAAUGCGAUACUUGAAGCUUGGGGUUAAGACUGAGGGGGGCCUAAAUGCAUCAGCUUCUUUUGUGGCCAAAGCAAAUCCUUUGAACCGUGCUCCACACAAGCGCAAAAGUGAGCUCUACCAUGCACUCUGUAAUAUGCUCUCGAACAUCCUAGCUCCAAUGGCAGAUGGUGGAAGAAACCAAUGGCCACCAUCAGGGGUGCACAAUGCACUUGCUCUAUGGUAUGAGGCUGUUGGUCGAAUAAGGAUGCAACUUAUACAUUGGAUGGACAAGCAAAGCAAGCAUAUAGCUGUUGGCUACCCGCUUGUUACCCUUCUUCUCUGUCUCGGUGAUCCUCAAAUAUUUCACAGCAACCUAAGCCCACACAUGGAGCAACUUUACAAGCUUUUAAAGGACAAGAAUCUUCGUUUCAUGGCUCUGGACUGCCUUCAUCGAGUUUUGAGGUUUUACUUGAGUGUUCAUGCAGCUAGUCAGCCUCCGAACCGUAUAUGGGACUACCUUGACAGCGUAACUUCACAGUUGUUAGCUGUUGUAAGGAAAGGAACUCUUACGCAAGAUGUACAACAUGAUAAACUUGUUGAGUUCUGUGUAACGAUUGCGGAGCAUAACCUUGAUUUUGCCAUGAACCAUAUGAUAUUAGAGUUGCUAAAACAGGAUAGUAGUCCAAGCGAGGCAAAAGUUAUUGGUCUUCGUGCUUUGCUUGAUAUUGUCAUGUCACCUUCAAGUCCAUAUGCUGGCUUGGAAAUUUUUAAAGGACAGGAUAUUGGCCACUACAUACCCAAAGUGAGGGCAGCGAUUGAGUCAAUUUUGAGAUCUUGUCAUAGAGUUUACAGUCAGGCACUUUUGACUUCUUCAAAAACCACCAUAGAUGCUGUAACCAAGGAGAAGUCCCAAGGGUACCUCUUUCGUUCUGUAUUGAAGUGUAUACCCUAUUUAAUAGAAGAAGUUGGUCGAAGUGAUAAGAUCUCUGAAAUCAUUCCUCAGCAUGGAAUAAGUAUUGAUCCUGGUGUCCGGGAAGAGGCUGUACUGGUAUUGAACCGGAUUGUUAAGUACCUUCCUCAUCGCCGAUUUGCUGUAAUGAGAGGAAUGGCGAACUUUAUCCUUCGGCUUCCAGAUGAAUUCCCUCUUCUCAUUCAGACGUCAUCGGGACGUUUGUUGGAUCUCAUGCGUUUUUGGAGAGCUUGUUUGAUUGAGGAUAGAUUAGAUAUUGGUGUUGUUGAUGAUACGAAGCGAGUGCCGCAGAGAAAUGCAGGAUUUAAAAAAUCUUCUUUCCAUCCGACUGAAGUGAUUGACUUUCAUGCAUCAGACAUAGAUGCGGUUGGAUUGAUCUUUCUUAGUUCUGUAGAUAGCCAAAUUAGACAUACAGCACUGGAGCUAAUGCGUUGUGUCCGUGCCUUGUGGAAUGAUAUAUCAGACCUAACAGUGUACACGCAGCUGGAUCAUAACUUAAGAACCGAACCAAUAUUUGUUAUUGAUGUCCUAGAAGAACAUGGGGACGACAUAGUUCAGAGCUGUUAUUGGGAUUCUGGGCGUCCAUUUGAUCUGAGACGAGAGUCUGAUGCAAUUCCUCCUGACGUGACUCUGCACUCUAUUAUUUUUGAGAGCCCGGACAAAAAUAGGUGGGCCAGGUGUCUAAGUGAACUAGUUAAAUAUGCUGCUGAGCUUUGCCCAAGCUCUGUUCAAGAAGCAAAGGCGGAGGUAGUUCAACGCCUUGCCCAUAUUACUCCGACUGAUUUAGGUGGCAAGGCUCAGUCGCUAGAUGGAGACAACAAGCUUGACCAGUGGCUCAUGUAUGCAAUGUUUGCAUGCUCUUGUCCCCCAGAUAGUAAAGAAUCUGGUGGCUUUCAAGCGGUGAAAGAUCUAUACCAUCUUAUUUGCCCGUCAUUAAGAUCUGGUUCUGAAGCGAAUAUACAUGCAGCUACAAUGGCUCUUGGGCGCUCACAUUUGGAAGCAUGUGAAAUCAUGUUCAGUGAGCUCUCAUCUUUUGUUGACGAGGUUUCUCUGGAGACCGAGGCAAAACCGAAGUGGAAGAGUCAAAAAUCACGCAGGGAAGAGCUCCGUCUACACAUUGCAAAUAUUUACCGCACUGUUGCUGAAAACAUCUGGCCUGGAAUGCUUAGUCGCAAACCUGUUUUCCGUCUUCAUUACCUGAGGUUCAUCGAUGACACAACCAGGCAGAUCCUAACAGCCCCCACUGAGAACUUUCAGGAAAUGCAGCCUCUUCGGUAUACUCUUGCAUCUGACAUAAGAUUCCUUGCCCCUGAAUUUGUUAACUCAAAAUCAGAGAAAUUCGACCUCAGAACCAGAAAGCGGCUGUUUGAUCUUCUCCUGUCCUGGAGUGACGACACUGGUAGUUCGUGGGUGCAAGAUGGCGCUGGUGAUUACCGACGUGAAGUUGAACGGUACAAGUCUUCCCAACAUUACAGGUCAAAAGACUCGGUUGACAAAAUUUCAUUCGAUAAAGAUUUGAGUGAGCAGAUCGAGGCAAUCCAGUGUGCCUCCAUGAAUGCUAUGGCUUCACUCUUAUAUGGACCUUGUUUUGAUGACAAUGCACGGAAAAUGAGUGGGGAAAGUACACGUGGAGUUGCUGGUCGUGAUAGACACAGGGGCAGCCAUCAUCGUGUUGUGCUGGCAAAAUUAGCUUUGAAGAAUCUUCUUCUUACGAAUUUGGAUCUCUUCCCGGCUUGCAUUGACCAGUGCUAUUACUCUGAUGCUGCUAUUGCCGAUGGCUACUUCAGUGUUCUAGCUGAGGUCUAUAUGCGCCAAGAGAUACCAAAAUGCGAAAUACAGAGGCUUCUGAGCCUGAUCCUCUACAAAGUGGUGGACCCAAAUAGGCAGAUUCGUGACGACGCCCUUCAGAUGCUGGAGACACUUUCUGUUCGCGAGUGGGCUGAGGAUGGGAUGGAAGGUUGUGGGGGGUAUCGAGCCGCUGUUGUGGGCAAUCUCCCUGACUCUUACCAACAAUUCCAGUAUAAGCUUUCAUGCAAACUAGCUAAAGACCAUCCAGAACUAAGCCAGCUUCUUUGUGAGGAGAUAAUGCAGAGGCAACUUGAUGCUGUCGACAUUAUUGCACAGCAUCAGGUGUUAACCUGCAUGGCCCCAUGGAUCGAAAACCUCAAUUUUUGGAAACUCAAGGACUCAGGGUGGAGCGAGAGAUUACUAAAGAGCCUUUAUUACGUCACGUGGCGUCAUGGGGAUCAGUUUCCAGAUGAAAUCGAGAAACUGUGGAGCACAAUUGCUAGCAAAGCCAGGAACAUCAGUCCAGUUUUGGAUUUCUUGAUCACAAAAGGGAUUGAAGAUUGUGACUCCAAUGCAUCUGCAGAAAUAAGUGGUGCGUUCGCCACAUAUUUCUCAGUCGCAAAGAGGCAGCGUACGAUCGAUCACUUGGUUUACCAACUUGCUCAGCGAAUGUCAGAAGACAGCCUCGAACAAGUCAGUCCGAGUGUGACAACUAAGGGUGAUCCAAGUGGAAGCUUCGUCUUGGAAUUCUCUCAAGGCCCUGCAGCUGCCCAAAUUGGUGCUGUUGUCGAUACCCAGCCGCACAUGUCACCUUUGCUCGUCCGGGGUUCCCUCGAUGGGUCCCUCAGAAACAGCAGUGGAAGUCUGAGCUGGCGGACAUCUGGUGUAACCGGGCGUAGUGUCUCAGGUCCCCUCAGUCCAAUGCCUCCAGAACUAAAUGUCGUCCCUGUGACAGCUGGCCGAUCAGGACAGCUUCUUCCAGCACUAGUGAACAUGUCAGGUCCAUUGAUGGGAGUUAGAAGCUCUACAGGAAGUUUGCGUAGUCGGCAUGUAUCUCGAGACAGUGGAGAUUACCUCAUUGACACUCCAAACUCCGGUGAAGACGGCUUGCAUCCUUUUGCCAUCGGCAUGCAUGGCGUCAAUGCCAAAGAGCUUCAAUCAGCACUACAAGGCCAUCAACAGCAUUCCCUUACUCAUGCAGAUAUAGCACUGAUUCUCCUCGCUGAAAUUGCUUACGAGAACGACGAAGAUUUCCGCGAGCACUUGCCUCUGCUGUUCCAUGUCACGUUUGUCUCCAUGGACAGUUCGGAAGACAUCGUGCUGGAACACUGCCAGCACUUGCUCGUCAAUUUGCUCUACUCGCUCGCCGGCAGACAUCUGGAAUUGUAUGAAGUGGAAAAUAGCGAUGGAGAGAACAAACAGCAGGUGGUCAGUCUAAUCAAGUACGUACAAUCGAAGCGAGGAAGCAUGAUGUGGGAGAAUGAGGACCCCACAGUUGUUCGACCAUCUCUCCCGAGUGCAGCACUUCUAUCGGCACUAGUACAGAGCAUGGUCGAUGCUAUCUUCUUCCAAGGAGAUCUCCGUGAGACUUGGGGUGCUGAAGCUCUCAAGUGGGCCAUGGAGUGCACAUCGAGACACUUGGCUUGCCGGUCCCACCAGAUCUAUCGUGCCCUCCGACCCAGCGUAACGAGUGACACGUGUGUCUCCCUCCUCAGAUGUCUUCACAGAUGUCUUGCUAACCCUGUUCCCCCGGUCUUAGGAUUCAUAAUGGAAAUCUUGCUUACUCUUCAAGUAAUGGUGGAGAAUAUGGAACCAGAGAAGGUCAUACUCUACCCUCAACUGUUCUGGGGCUGUGUUGCAAUGAUGCACACGGACUUCGUUCAUGUCUACUGCCAGGUCCUUGAGCUCUUCUCUCGAGUCAUUGACAGGUUAUCUUUCCGUGACCGGACUACCGAGAAUGUCCUCCUUUCCAGCAUGCCUCGUGACGAGCUGGACACCAGCGGAGGUGAUAUAAAUGGUGAUUUCCAACGAAUAGAAUCAUCAUCAUCAAUUGGGACCCUCCCAACAUUCGAAGGUGUGCAGCCUCUUGUCCUCAAAGGUCUGAUGUCAACGGUUAGCCAUGAUGCCUCCAUCGAGGUCCUGUCGAGGAUUACAGUUCACUCCUGUGAUUCCAUAUUUGGGGAUGGAGAGACUCGGCUUCUCAUGCACAUCACUGGCUUGCUCCCAUGGCUCUGCUUGCAGCUCAACAAAGACACAACAAAAGCGUGCUCGGUAGCGAACAACAUAGCUGUGUGGUGUCGAGCCAAGUCACAGGACGAGCUGGGGACGCACUCAGCGUUGGCGUUCGGGCACUUGCUUCGGCUGCUGGAGAGAGGGCCAAUGGAGUUCCAGAGGGUCAUACUGCUCAUGCUCAAGGCUUUGCUGCAGCACACUCCAAUGGAUGCUUCGCAGAGCCCGCAUAUGUAUGCGAUCGUGUCUCAGCUGGUCGAGAGCACCCUUUGCUGGGAGGCACUUAGCGUGCUGGAGGCUCUUCUACAGAGCUGCAGUAACUUACCCGGCGGUGCUGGGUCCCAUCUGCAUGAAGCUGGUGGCGGAGAGAAUGGUGGUGAUUUUGGUUUGGCAGGGGUUCAGACAUCGUUCAAGGCUCGGAGUGGGCCACUGCAGUACGGGAUGGGUUCAGGAUGGUUUGCAGCCGCAGGAGUUUCGCCAUGGGGGAGUCAAGGAGGAGGUGGAGGUGUUGAGACGGCGAUUCCAGCGAGGGAGGUCGCUCUACAGAAUACGCGGCUGAUACUUGGGAGGGUGCUGGAUAAUUGUGCGCUAGGGAGGAGACGGGACUACAAACGGCUGGUUCCAUUUGUUAACAACAUCGGCUCAUGA